AUGGAGCCCAAGAGCCCGUCGGUGCGCCGCCCGCAGCUGGCGGCGCUGCUUCCGCCGGCGCAGCUGCUUACGUGCACGGUCAUCGUCAAGUCCAAGGAGAUUGUGCUCCAGUUUGAGCCGAGCGACUACGUCCAGACGCUCGUGCACGCGGCGCAGAAGCGGUUCGCGUCCGAGCAUGGCGGCGACCCCACCCAGAUCAUUGGCCUUCGCCACCGGCGCUCCAACCGCGAUCUCUACUACUUUAACCCUGCCGGCGAUGACAUUGCCAACGGAGACGUGCUCGAAGCACGGCCGUACACAGCUGCCCCGCCGUCCGUGAGCGAGCGCGCCAUGUCCAUGGCGUCGCUCAUGCAUGGCAGUAUGAAGGAAAAGCUGUCGCGCUGCGGGCUCUUCUCGGUCGUCGUCCUCCGCGCCGUCGGCUACGACGAGGCGACGCUGCAGCGCCAUCUCGCGGUCUCGGUCCAAUUGCAGCCGUAUGCGCGCAUCAGCACCACCCAUGGCAGUACCUCGGGGCGCUGGGACACGAUCAUGAAGCUCAAGCACACGGACGGCGCGCUCCGAACGCUCGUGCUGGACGUGAGCGUGCAUAUUCUGGACGCUCCGACGCCGGCGCUGGGGCACGUGCGCAUCCCCGUCUCCGGCGCGAUCGUCGCUGCCGGUGUGACGACCGAGGAGUGGGUACCGCUCGAGUCUCUAAGCGGCAACGCCGACGACGACGGAUCGGCGCCCAAGCUACUGCUCUCGUACUGCUUUCACCCGACGGUGAGCGACCUGCCAUUGAAUGCCGCCAAGGUGCGUCCGUCGGCCUCGCUCUUGCAAGCGCGGGGACCGACCAAGAAAGCCAAACCGGUGCCGGCACCCGACGCAAUGGCCAAGCCGGCGCCGCGCGGCCAUCUCUCGGUGCACAUCAAGGGCCUGCACAUCUGCGGGCCGCAGUGCUCCAAGCUCGACGGCCACUCGCUCGCCUACGUCCCGGACUUUGACCCGGUCUUGAGCGUUGCGUUCGAAGAGAACGUCAAGGAGAUCUACGUGCACGCGCCAGACGGCAUGGCGGUCGUGUACAAGAAGCGCUUCAGCGUCAACAGCAUCCACUCGGAGCUGCGCCUCGACGUCCUCCGGCCCAUGGCGCUCGCCGCCACGCCCAACCUCACCAAGCUCCAGAGCGGCAAACAAGCGGUGCGGUAUGGCAGUCUCUCGCUCGGGACGUUCGAGAUCCUCCAGCGCGCCGGCGCGCGGCGCCAUGUGUGGUCUCCGCCGCCGCCGAUGCUUGGGCCCGGCCGGCAGCCGCCAGCGCCGCACUUUGAGUGGGUCGUGCUGCGCCAAGGCGACGACGACGUCGGUCUCGUCCAGCUACAAGUCGAGUACAUCGAGAACCUCCGCGCGAUCGUGUCGCCCGAAUUGCACGAGGACGCGACGUUCGUGCGCCCGGAUGAAGUCGAGUUCAAAGGCGACAUAAUCAAGCGCAACAUCGAGCGCCUCGACCUCCUCUUCAGCGUCGCCCAGAGCGCCAAGCUGCAGAUCCGCGAGAUCCUCGAGUGGCGGAAUCCGCUGCUCACGCUGAGUCUCUGGGUCGGCUCGACACUCGGCGUGCUCUACUUUCCGACAUCGCACUGCCCGCUUGUGCUUCUACUUGCUGUGGCAGCGCUCUUGGUGGUCAACUAUGUACGCUACGCGCGCGGCGGCAUCCAAAAGACGUGGACCGAGUACGACCCCGAUGAGAUUCAAAUGAAGCUCUUCCGAUCGAUCGCGACGCUCCAUGUCGUGCCCCGGUGCGCGGCCAACUUGAUCGAAGCCAAGUGGAGCGAGAUGAAGCAAAAGGACGCGCUGCGGCCGCUGGAUACGCAUGUCGAGCUCUACUACGAGCCGCACUUUAAGGAGCUGCCUCCGCGGCUCAUUGCGCGCACCAACUCGGUGCUGGGCAGUCGCAGCCCCGAGUAUGGCCGCGACGACGCCGGGGACAUUUGUCUUCUCAACAACAAUUGGUUCAAGGAGCUGUUCACGCAUUUGAGUCCGCACGCCAAAGACGCCGUCCUCCACGACGUCGAGGAAGCGUGGAAGCGCGACGACGGAUCCGUGGACCAGCACGCCUUCAAGUACCCGAUCCUGCAGCCCGUGCGCACCAACCCGAUCACGGAGCUCGAGGAACUCGUGCCAUGGGAGGCCUGCCCUGGCAUCCUCCGUCUCGAUGUUGUGCAGGAGAAUGCGAUGACGAGCCGCAAGCUCCUCGGCCAAGUGCGGUACCCGAUCAAGGACCUCGUGACGAGCAGUCGCAUUGGUGGACCCCAAGUCGAGGUCGAGCGGGCGUUGCCGCUGCUCAAUACGCCCUUGACAGACGUCGAAGGCGACGACGUUCCGACGUUAACGGUGCGCGUCCAGCUCACGCUCCGGGACCCAACGAAGCCCGUGAGCUGGAAGGAGCGGCUCGCGAGCGAAGCGUUGUACUCGGUCAUGGAGAUCGAGAACGCCAAGUCGCUCUCGUUUGUGGAGAAGUACCACAUGGCGCGCAACGUGGCGCGGACCAUCCAGCACGAGAUCGGGAAAGUGUGCGACCUCCUCGAGAAGAUCAAGAACGUGUUCCUGUGGACGCACCCGCGCAAGACGGCGCUCGUGCUGCUCGUGGUCGUGCUUGGCAUUAUCGUCACGUACAUCGUCCCGGCCAAGUACUUUGUCGUGUACCAGAUCACGCGCAAGUUUACCAACCGGUUUCAUCGGCUCUGCGACCGCCGGCUCAUUGACGGCGACGUGAUUCGCAUCUGGAACUUCAUUGCGACGUUUCCGAGCGACAUGGAUGAACAAAAGAUGUUUCGGUUUGAAAAUCAAGCGUAUUUGCGCGAGAAGGAGCAUUCGUCGGCGCAGGCCAAGCUCCAAGCCGACUGGGCAGGGUACAUCUGGAAGCGGGGCGAAAACCUCUUUGUGGGCUGGGCCCACCGGUAUGCCGCGAUCCGCAACGGCAAGCUCGAGUACUGGAGCACGAUGGACGACGCCAAGCACGGGGUGCCGCCCAAAGGCCACAUUUUGCUCUCGUCGACCAUUGAAAAAUGCACGAAAACCGAGUUGGCGUCGGCGCCCAAGGACACGUACCCCGUCGCGAUCUUCAACGUUCAUCGCCGUCACCUCCUGGAUGCCCCCGACGGCCGCCGCCGCGUGAUUGCCGUCACGACCGAAGUCGACCUCCACGACCUCAUUCGCGCCAUUCGCGCCAUCUCGGACGCGUAA